CGAGAAUCACAGGCCCCUUUUUCCACCAAGUCCUGUCAGGCGUCGUCGUUCAAGCGAUCAACUGACACCUGACAGACGCGCCGGCGGGUUUUUUGGCUCUUGUGGUUUAAAAAUUUACGGCGGUUGCCGGGGCGGGUUCCAAGUUGUUGGUCCAAGAGCCGAAAACGGCUAGACCGUGGUCCACACCUUUGCCGGCGACUGAAGAACCACUUCCAGAAAACUAAGGAUGUGAUGUGAUCUAGAUGGAGACCUCAGGUAGCGUUCAAAAAUAGCAAUUUGGAUACCUGAACUCCCAAACUGCUCAAUAUCUCAGCUCUCCCUUCGUCGAUGAUCUCCCUUUAUCCCGCCUACUGACUGCUAUCCCUCUGAGGGCUGUUUCAGUGGCUUUGGAAGGGGGAAUGUCGUUGCACAUCUACAUCGCUCAUACGGGCGAGCAGCUGCUGGCUGAUCCUGUUUCAUUUGCCUCACCGGAUGCCUUGCGAACAUGGAUCUCCCGAAAGGUUUCAAUACCGGCUCAGCGGCAGAUAUUGAUGACUGCUCGUGGGAGGAAUGUUCGGCCUCAGACGCUCGCGACGGAGAACGAAAUAUUUGUUUACGAUCGGCUCUAUAUAAGUGAUGGAACUGUUAGAGAUCUCCGCGAGAUCGCGCCACCCGAACGUUUUAUCCCGGAAAACCCUCCCGAUACGCUCGCGGACCAGAAUAACUUACAAGCAUGGAGGAAUCUCUACAUGGCUCGAAGGGCAUGGGCUCUAAAUCUGGCGGCACAAUGCGCUCCAAUCAGCAGAGCUACAGAUAACCAGAUCGAACACACCCACGUUAUCAACCGAGCAGUCGACGUUGCCUUGGAGAACCUGAAAUCGCAUGUUGGAAACCUAGAGCACAAGUUCCAGGAAGCCCAGUCAUGGGCGAAUGAUCUAUUGAAGGAACAACAGUUGGCUCUGGAUAGCUGGCGGAGUGUACUGACGAAUAUCGAAGCUACCCCUGCGAAUAAAGACUUCACGUUCCUACGACGGCCAUCAACCCCGAAGAAAGCGAAAGAGCGUCAAACCGGCACUUUGCAAGACUAUAUCGAUGUGGAUCGGGUCAAAAGUGCUGCAUCCCAAGUGUCGACUGUUUCUCAGCGUUUUGCCUGCCGCAUGGAUGAGAUUGAGAAAGCCGUCCAUGAGGUGGCUUCGGAAACGGAGUCGCUUGUUGAGGCGUCCCAUCCAUCACCUCAAGAAAAUGCAAGUAGCCUACUUGAGGAGAUCGAGACAAUCGCCAAGAAAAUAAGUUCUGAUUACGAACAUGUUCUGGCUCUUCCAAACACCCAGAAGACGUUAUCGAGUGUAUCACGGAUGGCGUUGAAUCAUACAAAAGAUCUCCUACCCUCUAUGUUGGAGAUGGGGUUGGAAAUACAGACUGCCUUAGAGCACUCCAUAAAACAACGGAACUUGGCGAUGAAGGCUGCUGUUAGUCGUAUGCAGAAAAUAUCCAAAAUAGAAUCUCGAUUAGCUGGCAUCCAAACAGAGCUAUCUAAUUUGGAUGUUGAAGGAGAUGCCUUCGAAACCCUAUACAAGGCUUCCCAAUUGCCUCUCCUUUAUGGGUCGGUUCUCAUUGAGGCUGUCCGCCGCCGUGAAUGGAGUGACAAAAUGAAAAAUGAUUCUCUUAGUAUCGCUGAAGAAUUAGCAGUCUUUCGAGAUGAAGAGCAACGUCGACGGAAAAAAUGGAUUAAAAAUAUAGGCUCCUUUGUCUCAUUGCCCGAAGACGCCACCCCUGGUAUAGAGAUCAACUUGCAGGGCGGUCAGCAGCCUGAAUGGCCUGAAGUUUCUCGCAAGGAAGUCGAAGCUUACAUCGAAGAGCUAAAAACAAAGCCUGAUACCAACUCUGCCGUUCAGGAGUUAACACAGCUAUUGAAAGAUUUGGACGCACCUACCCGACAGCAGAGACGAAAAGCAAAGGCAUUUAAACAUGGAAGCGUUUUUGAUAUCGGCAGAAGUUCGUUUCUUAACCGCGGGGAUGAUAUGGUUCGGAGCUUGAAGGAUGAAAAGACAAAGCUCGAGGACAGGCUAAAAGGUUCGGAGAGUCGUAUUCGAAAAUUAGAAGACCUUCUCCAUCGACAAAGCCAGAUGAGCCGACCUGUCAGCGCAAAUUUUGGUUCUGAUAUCCCUAUUUCCCCAGCCUCCCCUCGCCCAGAUACACUCUCAAGAAGGUCAUCUGUAUCCUCCCGGCGUAUGUCGUCAAACCAGACUCCGGAAGACAAGGCUUUGGUGCAACGUAUUGUUAGUCUGGAGGCCGAACUGGUUGCAGAGAAAGAAAAUGUGUCCAGACUCCAGAAGGAAGCACAUUUGGACCGCCAGUCCAGUAGUGAUAAAAUACAAGAGGCCCAAUCUACCAAGAAAGAUUUAAUGGAAAACUUGGAGGCGCAGCAGCGGGAAUUUGAAGAUGAAAGGAGGUUCCUAGAAUCGGAGGCGAAAUCGAUCAAAAUCAAGCUUGAAGAAACUGAAGAGGAGCUGGAUAGAGUGAUGGAUGCCCGGGAGCACGAGAAGCUUGUUGCUGAUGAACAAAUAACCGCUCUACAGACAGAACUCGAUAACCUGCGAAACGAUACCUCCAAGGAGAUAGCCACUCUCACGACUCAGGUCCAGGCUUUCCGGGAGGCUAGCGAAAAGGCCAACGCCCAGAAUACAUCGCUAAAAGCGAAACUUGAAGAGGUUGAUCGAACUCAACGAGACUACGUAAACGCUCUACAAACCACUCACGCGCAUUUAUCUCCAGGUGGUUCUGCCCCUGGCGGUUUAUCUUCUCUUAUUAGAGCAAUUGAAGUCCUGUCGGAAGGACUGGCUAUCCACUCCAAAGGCGCUGAUGAAGCAUUUGCUAAAGCCAGUGAAGAAAACAAGUGCUUGUUGGAGAAAGUAGAACGAAUGGAAGCUGAAACUGACGGGCUGAGGGCAAGACUCGCGGCUGAAGAAUCGGAACGAUCCAAACUGCGAAAGAUGCUGAGCGAGGAAACGAUAAAACUCUCAGCGGUCAGAACGGAACUGGAGGAUGAGCGUAAGCAGCUCAGCACACUGAGGUCUAAAUUCUCCGCUGGGGAGACCGGUUCAGAGGCCCUGAAAGAACGAGUUGCGGAGGAGGAGCGCAAAGUUGCUACCUUGACCGAAAAGCUCGCCGUUGAGGAAUCUCGUGCGCAAGGUUUCGAAGAUGAUAUUCGUACGUGGCAAAAGAAGGUCGAAAUGCUGGAAACCACCGGAGAGCGUAACGAUUCACUGCUUAGCAUAAAGGAAAGCUGGGUUAAAGAGCUCUCCGAAAAACUAUUCUCCCAUGUUGAGCAGCUCAACCGGAUACUUCAACAGCUUGGUUUCACAGUCAUUCGCCAAGAUAACAGCAUGGUCAUCCAUCGAGCGUCUAAGGUCAACAACAAUAGUUCAUUGCUCGGAGAAAGCGUCAAGUCUCCAUUGGCUACUCCAAUGAUUCAUGACCCGAAACUGUUAGAGAGGGUUAAUACGAACGAUCGGGAGGAGGAACAGUCAAAUUACACCGCGUUCAUCACCGCAAUAAAUGAAUUUAGCGUGGAGUUAUUCGGCGAAGCGGUAGUCAAGCGCGUGAAGGAUAUCGAAACCUUAGCACGUAAAUGGCAAAAGGAAGCUCGUGGGUAUCGGGAAAAGUCACACCGUUUCCAGAGUGAAUCUCACGAAAAGAUUGCAUAUCGAUCGUUCAAGGAAGGGGAUCUAGCGCUGUUCUUGCCAACUCGCAACCAGGCCAUCCGAUCGUGGGCCGCAUUCAAUGUUGGCGCUCCCCACUACUUCCUUCGAGAGCAAGAAGUGCAUAAAUUACAUACUCGUGACUGGCUACUUGCGCGGAUCUCAAAGAUCGAAGAGAAAGUGGUGGAUCUUUCCAAGUCUAUGAAUGGCACAAAUCCGGACCGUCGUUCCAUCGGGGAAGCAAGCGAUGGUGCCUCAAUUGAUGAUGAUAAUCCUUUCGAGCUCUCGGACGGUCUGAGAUGGUAUCUACUUGAUGCGUCAGAAGAGAAACCUGGGGCUCCAAGCACGCCGGGGCUAGCUAAAAGCACCGUUGCAUCAGCGCAUGUGGAUGCUAAAGGGAGUAUCCGUUUAAAACGACCAACUAACGGUGGAGGAGCAACGAAAACAUUGACGAAGAGCCUCGAUAGCCGACGGAACAGCUCAGCAUCGAAGAUAGGCACGCCGGUGCCUACACUGCAAGCCGCAGAGCCUGCGGGAGAUAAUGUGUUGCCAGCAGCGGGGGAUUCAGGUGCGCAGGAACGGAGGGCGGAGGCACCUAUUUUCGACGAGGUUCGCAGAGAUCUUUUAUUGGGUCCUUCAAACGGAGAAUGAAAAUAUAAAAUAUUUAUGAGCCUUAUAUAUAAAUUUUUAUUUUAUGGAAAUGAUGAAAAACAUGUUUGUUUGUCGGCUGAUGAUUUUUUUGUUUUAUCUUCUCCUUUUAUCCCGAAAAAUAGGGUACAUCGCGGGACAGAGCUGGCUCUCAAUCUCGAACUCCCAAUACACACCGCAACGGUGGUGCUAACGUCGCACCCUCUUCUCCUCUUUCGUCACCGAGCAAGCGCACAUCAAAGCCGAGACCGUGGGAAAAGCUAUGGUCUUUGGAUUAUCGAUCCGAGAGCCUAGGCCGUCACAGGUAAAACAAUCAUAUGUGUCCUUUCUACCCGAAGAAGACAACCCGAACAUAGCGACGUCGUGAAUCCUGUCUAGCAGACGUGAUUGAGAAGACAAGAAAGGAGCGACGACGUUUGUUCCCAGCUAUCUAGCGCCCUGGCAAGAAGGCUACGGUGAAUGCCUCUUCCGCCACACUUCCUGUUCCUCUGGGAAAGGAAUGACGAGAAGUGAAAUAUAUAUAUAGGAUUAAUGUCUGCAUUUAACUCAUCUGCAUUUCCAUAUUGACAUAUCUCCUCAUUUCAGGACUUACUUAUGCCCGCUAGUUAUUGCACCUGCUGAUCUACUCCGCCCGGAAAGAGAUGCGGCGUCAGGCGAAAUGACCACAGCGAGGUACGAUUCCUAUUCGUUAUUUAUUGGUUUUGGGCGCUGUUUUCAUUUGCUUUUUAGCGGCAUGAAGUCACUGUCCAUUUUCCUUUGUUCUGUUUCAUACAUUUAUUGGUAUAUAGAAGGUGGAUGAUAUCGAUUAUGUUAUGGGAGAGCAAUCAUAUAUUUGAAAUAUGUUUAUUCUUAUAUUGACCUAAUCCAAUUUGGCUAUGCAUGGCUGCUUCAGUAAUUAAUUUUUUUCAAUAAUUUCCCAUUAAAAAGUGCUUUCAAACGCCCGCAAACCGUAUCCUUGGGGUAUAUCCAACUCAAACAGAAACAGGUGCAAGAACAUAACUAUGAAUAGAUGAGCCCUAAGCAUGCACAACAUAUCGUUUAUCUUUCACCCUUCCCGAUAUCACCGCCUAUACCUUCUAAAUCACCCAGCCCAUUCAAAAACUCUUCAGCCCUCCUCUUCGACCUAAGCUCCUCGAUCUUCCUCCGUCUCUCAUCCUUUGCCUUCUCCCUAGCACUCUCCUUCUUCGUAGCCGCAUCCCGCUCGCCCAAAGUUUCCUUCCUCGCUUUUAACAACUCC